AGCACCUGAACGCAGCACAGCAUCCUCCGCUGGUGGAGAGAGGAGGACCAGGAUGAGAGGAAACAGAGGAACAGGAAGAAGUGGAUGCAUAUCGAAAGCAAGCAUGAAGAAUAUUCCCGGAAUCUGAGCCGAUCAACGGGGAGAAAAAAAACAUCUUUUCUCGGCCAUUAGAGGACGACAGGAAGCGGAGGGAGGCAGCGGUGCUGAAAGGAUGGAGGAGGGGAAGCAGUUCCUUUGUGGGGUGGUGGAAGGUUUUUAUGGUCGACCCUGGUCUAUGAAUCAGAGAAAAGUUCUCUUUCAGUGGAUGCAGCUGUGGGGGUUGAACACCUACCUGUACGGUCCCAAAGAUGACCUGAAACACAGACUUCUUUGGAGGGAAGUAUAUUCUCCGGAAGAAGAAGCUCAGUUGCAAACUCUUAUCGUGGAAGCCCAGUCCAGGGGUCUGAGGUUUGUUUAUGCGCUCUCUCCUGGUCAGGACAUUGUCUUCUCCUCUUCCUGCGACAUGACGCUGCUAAAGCGCAAGCUGAAACAGGUAUCAGAUCUAGGGUGCCAGGCAUAUGCCAUUCUCUUUGACGACAUUGAUCAUUCCAUGUGCCAGGCUGACAGCGAGGCCUUCAGUUCCUUUGCCCAUGCUCAGGUCACAGUAACUAAUGAGAUUUAUCGCUUCUUGGGGGAGCCACCUGUCUUCCUUUUCUGCCCUACAGAGUACUGUGGUUCUCUGUGCUCCCCAAGUGUGGCUGAAUCUCCCUACCUGCAAACAGUUGGAGAAGACCUUCUACCUAACAUAACAGUGAUAUGGACAGGUAGCAAAGUAAUUUCCAGGAAAUUGUCCUUAGACUGCCUUGCUGAGUUGGAGUCAGUCCUACAGCGCCCCCCACUGAUAUGGGACAACCUGCACGCUAAUGACUAUGAUACCCGACGUCUCUUUCUGGGGCCUUUCAAGGGCCGUGACCCUCACAUUAGAAGCCACCUGAGGGGUCUGCUGCUCAAUCCCAACUGUGAAUUUGAAGCCAAUUACAUCCCACUGCAUACUCUGGGCAGCUGGUACAGAGCUGAAAAGGAUGAUGCACAAGGAGAGGAAUAUAACUACUGUCCUGAGAGAGCAUUAACUGCUGCACUUCAUGACUGGAUGGAAGAACUUAACCAGCCUCUGCAAGCAGGUCGGCAGGACUCAAAAGCAGACCACCGUGCCUCUGUCUCAUCAUCGCGUUCCAAAACACCUGACAGGUCUGACUGUCCUUCCACCUUCAGAGCCACCCACGCGGUGCCAAAACUUCCAGUCUUCCCACUUGAUUCCAGCUCUCCACCCUCAUCCCCACCUUUGAGUAAAGCAGAUAAAGAGGGACGAGAAGGAGAGAAAAAACGUUCACAGCAACAAGGUCAACCUCUUGCAGGAUCAAAGUCGGCAGCACCUUUUGGUGGGGGCCGGGCACAGCGGGAACAGCGGACACAGGGUCGUGGACUCUGCAAUGGAAAGGGGUUACUAAGUGAGGCCCAGGUGCGGCUGCUCGUUGGUCUUCAUUAUCUCCCCCAUGAGCAUGGUCCCUCAGCCCAGAAACUCCUGCAAGACCUAACCUGGCUAAAGUCAAACUGCCACCUAGUUGGUGCAAACAGCAAGAAGCCACAACCUCAGAAGGUUGACGAGUGGCGUGGGAGAGCCUCCAGAUUCUUAUCUCUAUGUGAAGACAUAGCUCAGCUACACUGCAGCGUAGUGGGAGGAGCAAACAGGGCUGUGCUGUAUGACCUGUACCCUUAUGUGUGGGACCUGAGGAACACCGCUCUGGUGGCCAAAGCCUUCAUAUGCUGGCUGGACGGGCGAGUGCUGAGUGACAGCUCAAGCCUCGGCUCCUGGAGGAACUGCUUUCACUGUGAGUAGUCUAUCAUUUUUCUUUUUCUCAUUGUGCAG